AUGCCAGAGAAUACGGUUCAUCAAGUUAACCUACAGGAGUUUAUUGAAAAUUAUGCAUGGGACUGUUUCCAAGAAGAUAUGGGUUUUAUUAGGGGCAUCUUCAACAGACAAUCCAAUUACUACUUCGACAUAAGCUGGGGAUACCUAGAUUUCUCACACACGACUGAUUGCCAAGAGAGACCGGUGACCGUAAACUUGAAUCAGAGAAACGUGGAGUUGUAUUAUUCGGAGUACGAAAAUAAAACCAACACAAAACAGAGCCACACGUUUUCAACAUCAAGGGAGACUUCUGCGACUACUAGGAUUGAGCUGCAGGAGAACUACACUAAUGGUGCUACAACUAACCUGGAGGUGGACUUAGCGGGUUUUGUUCAGUUUGGGGGUGGAGUGAAUGGGUCUUUGUCGGUGACUGAAACAAACAGCCAAGAGUUUAACAACACUAUCACUUGGAAGUUCGAUACAAACGUUGAAAUACAGCCCAUGAAUCGCGCCCGUGUGACCGUGUCUGUUCAUGAACAACCCUCAAUACUUGACUUCACGGUAACUACGACCCUCUCGUUGCCAAGGAAAACACUACCAGUGUCCAUAAGACGAAAACGAGAUGACAAAAUCGUGAAGACGUACUACAUUACGAACCUUCACGCAAUAUUCGUCGAAUACAACCAGAAGUACGAGACAGAUGAAAACAAAAUUGUAAAAAUUGAGACAAGGCCGGUAGAAGGGAGUUCAAUAGAUGAAGUUAUAGCUGUGAUCACCUCCCGUGGCACUUGCAAAAACGUCUCUUGGAAAAAACAGCAUGUGGAGGUACAGAGUGCCCCGAUAGAGGGCGCACCGGCAGAUGCGUCCUCCGAAAUUGAGAUAGAGCCAAGUGAGCUGUCGGAAGAUGACUGACAAUGGCUUUGGACACGUGUGUGAUAGUGACUGAUAAUAAAAAUGCGAGCGUACAUUUUUCAUGAUUAAAUUAAAGGUGAUAGUAGAUGGCAAUAUAGUUAUUAAAACCAAAAAUACAAAUCAUAUAAAUUAAUUAUUAUUAAAUAUAUACUUUUGUGAUAGCAUAUGAAUAUGUAAAGUAGAAGCGAAUCGGAAGGCACGUAUAAGAGUUUCAUAUCGUUAUUUGUUGGACAUGUACAAUGUUUCAAUGCUACAAUGUAGUUUGCCUAGUAAAUUUACGGUUUAUUGACCGUUCCAAAGCGGUACCUUGAUGAGCAUACCUAGUUUUUUUAUAAAGUAUAUAUGCACUGUGCUGUUUGUGGAGUUUUGUGCCGUUGUUCCAUAUUUCUUGUUUGUGAUAUUUCUUCUGUGUGUUCUAUGUAUUUGGUUUACCCAGUGCCAUUGAACUGCGUUUAUGUUUAAAAUUUUGGUUACUGAGCUUGUUUCUGUAGUUUUUCAUGCAUUGCAAAUCUCCUUAGAUUGAAUGUUUUCCAUGAUACUUUGUGCAAAGUUUUUAAUGAAUUAUUCCAG